AUGUUCAACGGCAUUGCAGUCCAGAAAAUAUCAGGACAGUCGAAAGGGAAUUCCAAAGACAGCAGAAGCUGCUUUGAGGCAGGCUUGCAACUGUUUCAGGCUGUUCUGAGUACAACUGUCAUCCCUCUGUGUAGCUCAAAUGAAACGGACACCUGUACCACCGCCCUGGUCCAAACAGACAGUAGCACUCGCGUAGCUCAGGUUGGGAUCACACGAUGUCGGUCCGAGAUGCAAAACUUCUGCUUCAACGGGCACUGCAUGUACCUGGUGGACUUGGAUCAGCACUACUGCAGGUGUAACAUGGGCUACUCUGGGGUCCGCUGUGGCCAUUCCAAUUUAGAGCUUGUCAAGCAGCCCUUGAGCAAGGAGUACAUCGUGCUCGCUGUCCUAUUGAGUCUGUUCUUUCUCACUGCCGCUUCAGUUGCAGUCUACUACGUCUACAGAUGGUACCAGAAAAAAAAUGGGAGAUUUUCUGCAAAAAGAAACUAUGAAGAAGUUGUAAGAGAGACUGAAAAAGAUGGAAAGCUGCUUCAUGUGUGAAUGGAAGGAUUCCUGAAAACAACUUAUUUAAUAUUAAAUACUUAUUUUAUUAAUAAUAUUUAUAUGCUAAGCAAAGGAAUUUCAAAGUAAUGCUGAUCAGAAUACACAUACAGGUCA